AUGGCUUUGGUUCUGAGCACAAAAUGGUCCAUUAGCAGUUCUGGAGUUAGUGGGGAAAUCCCAUUGACAUUUGCUAAUUUGCGAAGCCUAUUACGUGUGCGGGCUUCGGACACGGAUCUUACUGGUGUGAUACCCGAAUUCGUUGGGAAUUGGAGUCUACUUCAAUCAUUGAGGCUUGAGGGUAGCUCAUUGUUGGGACCAUUACCCUCAUCACUGUCUAAUUUAACCUCCUUGCAGGAAUUGAGGAUAAGCGGCUUGUCAAAUAUUAGCUCUUCUCUGGAGUUUGUAACUGGUCUUACAUCCUUACAAUUCUUAUCCCUUCAGAAUAACAACAUUACAGGUUCCAUACCUCUCAGUAUAGGAGAACUGCAAAGUUUGAUUCAGUUGGACCUGAGCUUCAAUGACAUAAGAGGAGAAAUUCCAGACGUACUAUUUAACCUUAGCUCUCUUUCUCACUUAUUUCUUGGAAAUAAUAGACUAACUGGUGUUCUGCCUGCUGAGAAAAGCUCAUCUCUGGCUAACAUAGAUGUAUCUUACAACCAGUUAUCAGGGAGCCUCCCUUCUUGGAUCAGUCAACCAAAUCUACAACUUAACUUUGUUGCGAAUAAUCUUUCUAUAACAAGCGCAAAUAGCAGGUCUUUGCCAUCUGGGUUGAACUGCUUGCAGAAUGGAUUUCCUUGCCAUAAUAAUAAUGGUUUAGGACGAUAUUUUGACUUUGCUAUUAAGUGUGGUGGUCCACAAAUUACAGCUUCGAAUCAAAUUGUAUAUGAAAGUGAUAAUGAGGCCCUUGGUCCUUCAAAUUAUUUUGUGACUAGUGAUGAUCACUGGGCUGUUAGUAAUGUUGGGUUGUUCACCUCAAACAACAAUGUGUCGUAUACAUUCAACUCUCCACGCCAGUUUAUUAGUCUAGACUCUGAAUUAUUCCAAACAGCAAGAUUGUCAGCUGGAUCUCUAAGAUACUAUGGGUUAGGCCUUGAAAAUGGUAAUUACAAUGUUCAAUUGCAAUUUGUAGAGCUACAAAUUGAAAAUGGUGUAACUUGGAGAAGUCUUGGAAGGCGCAUGUUUGAUAUCAUUAUCCAGGGAAAUCGGGUGGAAAGAGAUUUUGACAUACGUGGGGAGGCAGGUGGUGAGUCAUUUAGACCUGUUCGACGAAAUUAUACUACUCUUGUGACGGCAAACUUCCUUGAAAUACAUCUUUUUUGGGCUGGAAAAGGAACUUGUUGUAUACCUAAUCAAGGAACGUAUGGACCUUCUAUAUCUGCUCUCAGCGUUACUCCAUUGUUUGAACCAAGGCGUUCAAGUUCAACAAACAGUACUCCUAAGACUGCAUUAAUUAUUGGAAUAGUUAUUCCUAUUGGAGUCAUUGCUCUUCUUUCCAUGGGUGCAUGUUGGUUUAUUCAGAAAAGGAAGAAAUUACGCGCCGCAGAAGAUGAGCUUGGAGGCAUCGAUGCAAAACCAUACACUUUCAGUUAUGCUGAAAUGAGGUCGGCUACGGGAGAUUUCGACCCUUUAAAUAAGCUUGGAGAAGGAGGAUUUGGAAUCGUUUAUAAGGGAACUUUGAAUGACAGUAGAGUUGUUGCAGUUAAACAACUAGCUGUAGCAUCUAAACAAGGGAAGAAGCAAUUUAUAGCAGAAAUAGCUACUAUAUCUGCAGUGCAGCAUCGGAACCUUGUAAAGUUAUAUGGGUGUUGCAUUGAUGGGCAAAAACGUUUGCUUGUUUACGAGUACUUGGAGAACAACAGUCUUGAUAAACUCUUAUUUGGAGACUAUAAAUUGGAACUUGACUGGCAUAAACGUUUUGAGAUCUGUCUGGGAGUGGCAAAAGGCUUGACUUAUCUUCAUGAAGAGGCACACCUUCGAAUUGUACACAGGGAUGUCAAGUCCAGUAACAUCUUGCUCGAUUCUAAUCUCAUUCCUAAAAUUUCUGAUUUUGGUCUGGCCAAAUUGUAUGAUGACAAAAAGACUCAUAUGAGCACCGCUGUUGCUGGGACAAUCGGAUACCUUGCACCGGAGUAUGCCAUGCGUGGACAUCUCACUGAGAAGGUUGAUGUGUUUGCUUUUGGCAUUGUGGCUCUUGAAAUUAUUAGUGGAAGGUCCAAUUGCAACAAUUCCUUAGGAAGUAAAGAGAUGUAUCUUCUUGAUUGGGCUUGGCAUUUGUAUGAGAGCAAUCAAGAAGUCGAACUUGUGGAUAAGAGAUUAAAAGAAUUCAACGAGAAAGAUGCGAAAAGAUUGGUUGCAGUAGCAUUUUUGUGCACUCAAACAGCACCUACACAACGUCCAAUAAUGUCUCGUGUGUUGGCAAUGCUAUUAGGGGAUGUUGAAGUGUCAACCAUACCAUCAAAGCCAACAUAUUUGGCUGACUGGGCAAUUGAUGACUCCAGUUUUGUGACCAGCGAAAUUCUUGACUAUAUAAGAUCUGAUUCUUCAACAACUUAGGGAUUUAAUUGACCUGCAGAUAAUACCCCCUCUUAGCCUUUCAUAAUUACUUCAUCUGUUUCAAAAUAUUUGACACGGUUUGACUUUCUCACUGCUUUGAUUGCAUUUUGUAAAUUUUAUGUAAAGAAAAAUAUAAUCAUAUGGAUUUUGUUGGAUUCGUCUCGUUCUAUACUUUCAAAAUAUCAACUU